AUGGCCAUCCUAUCCCUCUCGAACCUAGCCGUCCUCGCCGUCAUCCUGCCCCUCCUAUACAUCUACACGGCCGCCGUCGCGCAGACCCGGCUCCCCAUGCUGCGCAACAAGCGCGUGUGCCUCUUGAUCGCGCACCCGGACGACGAGGCCAUGUUCUUCGCGCCCACUGUGCUCGCGCUGACCCGCCCCGAGGCGGGGAACCACCUCAAGAUCCUGUGUCUCAGCUCCGGCAACGCCGACGGGCUGGGCGAGAUCCGCAGGAAGGAGUUGGUGAAGAGCGGCAUGCUGCUUGGCUUGCGCAGUGAGGAGGACGUGCAUGUGCUUGACAGCCCAGACUUCCCCGACUCCAUGACCACAACCUGGGACGCCUCCAAGAUCUCUGCCCUCCUCACCAGCACCUUCGCGCCGCAAAACCUCACCCAACAACCACCACAACCAGCAUCCAAGCGCUCCUCCUCCUCCUCCUCCAACACCACCGCCCCCACCGCCACCAUCGACGCCCUCAUAACCUUCGACUCCCGCGGCGUCUCCUCGCACCCAAACCACAUAUCCCUCUACCACGGCGCCCGCUUCUUCACCUCCUCCCUCGUGCGCUCUUACCCGGGCUGGGCAUCCCCCGUCGACCUGUACACUUUAACCACCGUGAACUUCCUGCGCAAGUACACCGGCUUCCUAGACGUGCUGGCCACAAUCCUCUCUAUCGCUUUCGUGCGGGGCGACAACCAGGUCGCGGGCCACACGCGGAGCGAGAGGGGGAACCCGGGGGCGCUGGUGAGCAUGGUGGGGCUUGGGGGAGGGGGCAGGGAGAGCUACGGGGCGGGGAGGAGGGCGAUGACGGAGGCGCAUCGGAGCCAGAUGGUUUGGUUUAGGUGGGGGUGGAUUGCGCUGAGUCGGUACAUGUAUAUGAAUGAUUUGAGGUUGGAGAAGGUGAAGACGUGA